AUGGAGUUAGGAAGCAUAGUGCAGUUCCUUGAGGACAAGUCCAUCUUACUCACAGGUGCUACUGGCUUCCUUGCAAAAAUCUUUGUGGAGAAGAUACUUAGAGUCCAACCAAACGUGAAAAAAUUAUAUCUUCUUUUGAGAACCACGGAUACUAAAUCUACCGAGCAUCGUUUGCAUCAUGAGAUAAUAGGAAAGGACUUGUUCAAGGUUCUGAAGAAAACCCUUGGAGCAAACUUCGAUUCCUUUGUAUCAGAAAAGUUGAGUGUGGUGGCUGGUGACAUUUCUCAAGAGAACUUGGAUUUGAAAGAUUCCAUUUUAAGGGAUGAGAUCUACAAUCAAACUGAUGUUAUUGUUAAUAUAGCUGCAACAACUAAAUUUGAUGAAAGAUAUGAUGUGGCAAUGGGCAUAAAUACAUUAGGAGUUCAGAAUAUCUUGAGCUGCGCCCAUCAAUGUAAUAAGCUCAAGAUGCUUGUCCACGUCUCAACAGCUUAUGUAUGUGGUGAGAGAGAAGGACUGAUAUUAGAAGAUCCACAGCACAUGGGUGUGUCACUGAAUGGAGUGCCUGGAUUGGACAUUGAAAUGGAAAUGAAAUUGGUGCAACAACAAUUGAAUCACCUUCAGCAGGAAGGAGCCACCCAACAUGAAAUUAAACUUGCUAUGAAGGAAUUGGGCAUCAAAAGAGCAACUUUGUAUGGAUGGCCAAAUACAUACGUCUUUACAAAAGCAAUGGGCGAAAUGCUUUUAGAAACUUCAAAAAGAAACAUGCCUAUUAUUAUUAUACGUCCUACGAUAAUCACCAGCACUUAUAGAGAACCUUUUUCUGGUUGGAUAGAAGGUGUAAGAACCAUAGACAGUGUUGCUGUUGCGUAUGGUAAAGGAACAUUAACAUGCUUUCCUGGAGAUAUGCAUGGAGUUUCCGAUGUGAUACCAGGUGACCUGGUGGUAAAUGCAAUGCUGGCGGCGAUGGUGGUGCAUGCAAAUCAGCCCAGUGAUAAUAUCACCAUAUAUCACGUGGGUUCCUCUGUUAGCAAUCCUAUGAGAUACCACAAUCUCUGCAACUACAUGUUCAGAUAUUUCACUGCAAAACCUUGGAUAAAUAGAAAUGGAAAGCCUGUCAAAGUUGGAAAACUUAUAAUGUUGAAUAACAUGGCAACCUUUCGCAUAUACAUGUUUAUUCGUUACUUGCUUCCUCUACUGGUACUUAAUCUGGUGAAUAAAGUUUUCUACAAGAAUUCCCAAGAAGUAUAUACCGACUAUUUCAGAAAGAUCCAUGCUGUUAUACGAAUGGCUGAUCUUUACAAGCCUUAUGUAUUUUUCAAUGGCAUAUUUGAUAAUAUGAACACAGUAAAACUGUUAGCAGCGGCAAGACAAUGUAUGGACUCAGAAGAAAUGAAUUUGUUUAACUUUGACCCAAAAGUUAUUGAUUGGGAUGACUACUUCAUCAGCAUCCAUUUUCCUGGUGUCGUCAAGUAUGCCUUCAAGUCAUAA